UGCAGGGUUCUGACCAAUCACCAACUUCUAUACUCAGCGCCUUCAUUCACGCUUCAACAAGCGGCUUUCUGUUCAAGUAUUCUUCAUUGUUCAGUGUUAUUCCCGAGUAAACGAUUCUCAAAAGAUGUGAUAGUUCUCGCAACAUGCCGAGGAGAUUAUUGCUUAUGUUUCUGACAGGUUUCCACAGCAGCAGGCUAGCAAAAACGUAAACAAUGUGGGUUAGAUAGCGUUAGCUUCUAUUUCUGCUAGUCAGUUAGCCUGUGUUUCAGGUCAGUAGGUGACUAGUGAUGUACCGUGAGAGUUCGCUAUAAUUAAUAUAUUUUUAAUUCUUUUUUUUUUAAUUUACUGACAUAUAUGUACCUCUGCUCUUUAAGUCUGGUUGAAUUCGGCGAAGCAAACUGGGAGGGAAAAUAGUGUCCACGGAUCCACACUUGGGAACUCUGCCGGAAGCAGUAGACCAUCCUGUAGGGCUGCUCGAUUAUGAGAAAAAUCAUAAUCACGAUUAUUUUGUUCUGAUUCCCAAAAGCCCAUGCCAACAUGGAGUAUCCUCCAAACAAGCGACACAGAGGAUUACACAAUGAAGAUCCAGCUAGGACAGAUGCCUUCGGGGAUGACGAAGAUUUCACACAGGACGACUUGGAGGAAAUUGACAUCAUCGCCUCGCAGGCCAUCACAAGAGAUGCUCAAGCCACAAGCAGCAAGAGAAGUUUUGAAUCCAUUUCUGUUUUUCCAGAGCAGAACAAAGCACCUAUAAGAGAGGGCAGGAAAACCUUCGCCAUUGGAAACAGCCAACCUAACAGCAGCAUGUAUAACAACAUGGAAACGAAAAGAAAUUAUACUACUGAAGGAAAUGGCCAAGACCGAGACGAACUGGACUGCAGCCGCCUGGAAACCCAGCAAGCAGAGUUGAAGAGAAAGCUGAAGGAGGUAGAGGAGCAGAUACUGAUGAAGAACGGGGAAAUCCGCGUUCUGCGAGACUCUCUCAGACAGGCCAAUCAGGAGAAGGAGCAGCAGAGACAGGCUCAUCUCGAGCUGGAGAGAGACCGAGCUCGGGUCCGGAGUGAAAAAGAGAAGGAGCUUUCUAAGAAGGUGGAGUCCUUAAAGUCCGAGUUGCAUUUUAAGGAAGCUGAGAUGAAUGAAAUGCGGAGUAAACUGCAGAGCUCUGAGCGUGGUGCGAAGGUAGUUGGCACUCCUGUAAGAAACAGUGCGAACUCUCCUGGAGGUCGUGCGUUCGUGACUAAGGAAUCCUUCUCAGCGGAGCUGCCCGUAAAACCAUCAGCAGCCAAAAGCCAGCAUACAGAGGGUGGGAAACAAAACCAGGGAAAAAGUGAUAUGAGCUCAGCCACACCCCGGGAUACAGAUGGGAUUCAUCAGAAAGGACCUGUAUUAUUGAAUCUGCUGCUUCAGCACCCUUUGGAGCCGAGCUUUUUAGGCCUUUGUCACUUGCUGUGCAUCAGUCCAGAUGCUCUACCUGCCAUAUUCACCCAGUCAGACUACACUAGUCCCACAUCUUCACUCGGUUCUAGCACGUCCUCCACAGACACCCGGCUGCUCUAUCAGCCUCGAGUGCACUUCUAUCAGCAUCAGAGUCUGGCUAUGUCAGGACUGGCCUUGCUAGCGCACUGUGUUUCCCCUCAGCUCCUCAGAAGGUCCUGCCCACCUGCUGUCCACCUCCUUCCUUUACUUCACUACCACAUCAGCCUGUAUUGUCAGACCCUUGAAACCAUUGACAGGUCAGGAAAGAGUCCCCUUCAAGCAAGUGCACUGUCAGGAGUCUCAGACAGCAGCUCUGCUUCUACGGUCGAGGAGUCUUUAUGUGUUCAAGAGGAAUUCGCCUUAGCAGCUAUGAAAGCUCUUUAUCACAUUGUGUGCGAAAGCAGUGAAGCCGUAAACUCUGUUCUGGGCGGUCAAGACGGAAAGGAUUCAGAAAAGCUCAGUGAAAACCGACUCCGUCAGCCUCAGAGCAGCACUGCAGAGAACACCUGUGAUGAGCUGCAAUCCCACAGUCCUCUGCUCAAGAAGCUCUUCCAGUUGGUGGAUUUGAAGUUUGUUAGUAACGCGAGUCAGAGAGAAGCUGUGGUGAAUUCCAGUCUCAGGACUCUGUGUGCGCUGGCUGAGCGAGCCGAGGAGAGCCAGCUGUGGAGAUUUCAGGUGGUGUUGGCCAGUCAGGCUGUGACCCAAAACUUGUCUUUGGAAUCACCAUACAGCACCGUCUGGCUCUUUGUGAGAUUUCUGGCACUUCUGUUGGACUGUGACGAAAUGGCGAUCAAGCUUUGCUCUCAUAACUAUGUUUGCCCAUUUGUACGACUUUUCCAGUACGUGACCUCCAGAUCAAAUCAAGUUGUUACUGAAGACAUGUGGUCACAUUUGGAACUUGAGGUUGUCCGAUUGUUGGCCAAGCUGUUUACGCAGAAGACGUCGACAUGGGCUGCUCUCAAUGCUGAAUCCAACUGCCCAUGCAGCAGUGAGGUUGUCCGAACGGUGGUGGUGGUCUUACACAGACAAUGGCUCAGUAUCAAAGGUCAAGAGAAGCACGUAGGCCAUGUUCAGAUGUGGACAGGUCCAAGAGUUCACUCAUUGAGGGAGACUCUUAUGUUACUGCACUGGCUCCUCCUGAACGACUCUUCUUUCUCCAUGCACUGUCUGGAAGUGUUGCACAUGUACCAUCAGAUCAUCCCAGCCGUUAGAGAUACAUUCCGUAGGAUCCCUGACCUCUCAGAGUGUGAAGAACUGGCCAUAGAGGAGAUCUGUCGACCAGAAGCUGAGGAAGUGGAAGAUAUGGAUAUUGACACAGGUUCUUGACCAGAAGUGAGGAUGAAGAAAUCUUGACAAAUAUGUUUGUUAGUUGGUAUGUAUGUGUGUAUGUGUGUGAGUGAGAGAUAUAAUCUUUGACUUGUCAAAAUACCUUUUAUGGCUGCUCACCAUGAUCCUUAAUUAAAGCAAAACUGAAAAUGCAUCAUUUGUAUUUGUAGUGUUUUAAGAUGUGUGACGGAUUUGAACAGUGAAGCAUUCUAUUCAUUUUAUAAACACAAACUUAUUGGUCUGUGAUUCUCAGCCCUUUUAUAUAAAGUAUUAAUCCGUAUUGACCAUUUACUGUUAAAAUGAUAAAAAGGCAGAUAACCAUUCAAGCACAUACAUUUUUAAUUUGCUUUUGCAAAUAUGGAGAUACUCUUAACAAAAAUAUUUUACAUGUAAAUAAAACCAAACAUCAGUUAUACAAAAUAUGUGGGUGGGGGGGGAGAAGAAAAAAAAAAAACAAUGGAGAGGAAAAUCCAUGGCUGAAAGAAUAAGGUGAGGGAUGCAAAAACAGGCAAUACAAAGGUUACAGUCUGUCUGAGGCCUUAAACACAGCUUCAAAAAAUAAGAGUUGCACAAGUUGUGGAUUUUUUUCUUUAAAGACUACACAACUCCAAGCUCUUUGUGCAACUGAAAGCUUUUUUUUUUUCCUGAUGAGCUGUGACUCGAGCUGCAUGCCUCCAUGAACAAUCAGGCUGAUUGAAAUGAAAACGCAUCACCACCACCACAAAAGUUUCCAACCUGCACGUCAUUCCUGUCACAAUGAAAAACAUUUAAAAUAUAUAUAUAUAUAUAUA